GUCAUGCAUGCGGCGUGAUAUAAAAAGCUUUGUAACCGUAAAAUCCUUCUCACUAUUUUAUAACUAACCCUAGAGAAACUAGGAAACUAUAUUUUACAAACUUAUCAAUUUAUCAUUUAGUAAUUAACAGACUGUUAAUUAGAAAUCAUGGCAUCUAGAGUAAUCAAUUUCUCAGCCGGCCCUGCCAAGCUUCCAACUGAGGUAUUGGAGAGAGCCCAGAAAGAAAUGUUAAACUACAAUGGUCUUGGAAUCAGUGUUAUGGAGUUGAGUCACAGAUCAGCUGAUUUUACAAAGAUAAUCACCACAGCAGAGAAUGAUUUACGUCAGCUUCUGAAUAUUCCAGACAACUAUAAAGUAAUUUUCAAACAGGGAGGUGGAACUGGGCAGUUCUCUGCCAUUCCAUUGAAUCUGAUGAACUUCAAACCAGGGGGCACUGCAGAUUAUCUUGUGACUGGAACCUGGUCAGCUAAAGCUGCUAUAGAAGCAGAGAAAUAUGGCAAGAUCAACAAAGUUGUACCUAAAGUCACUAAAUACACAAGUAUACCAGACCCUUCCACAUGGAAUCUCAACCCAGAAGCCUCAUAUGUCUAUUAUUGUUCUAAUGAAACUAUUCAUGGUAUAGAAUACCAGUAUAUACCAGAAACCAAUGGUGUACCUUUAGUCUGUGAUAUGUCAUCUAAUAUGUUAUCCCGUCCAUUUGAUGUGUCUAAGUAUGGUGCUAUAUUUGCUGGUGCCCAGAAGAAUGUUGGUUGUGCUGGUGUUACACUUGUCAUUAUCAGAGAAGAUCUCAUUGGUCACGCUAUGGACACUACUCCAGUUAUAUUUGACUACAAAAUCCAAGUUGGAAAUAAUUCCGUGUACAAUACAGCACCUACAUACAAUAUAUACAUCCUUGGUCUAGUUUUACAAUGGUUGAAAGAUAAUGGUGGUGCCGAGAAGAUGGAAGAGUUGUCUGCUGUAAAAUCUAAAGCUGUCUAUGACAUCAUUGAUAACUCAAAUGGAUUUUACUAUUCUCCAUUAGAUAAGGCAUGUCGUAGCAGAAUGAAUGUAACCUUUAGAAUUGGUUGUCAAGAAGGAGAUGAAGCUUUAGAAAAACUAUUUCUCUCAGAAGCUGAAAAGCGUGGAUUGACCUCUCUCAAAGGUCAUAGAGCUAUUGGUGGAAUCCGUGCAUCAUUGUAUAACGCUCUAUCAGUAGAAGAAUGUAUGGCUCUUGUGACAUUUAUGCAAGAUUUCUUAGAAAAACAUCAAUGAAGAACCACAGACUCCAACAAGCAUUCUUCAUCAUUUGAAUCUCUCAAGAGUUGU